AUGGAAGAGGAUAUUAUGAAUGAUAAAAAUAAAGAUUCCAAGCGAGAUUAUAGUCGAGGAGGAUGUAGGGAGUGUAAACGAAGAAAGAUCAAAUGUGACGAAAGCAAACCAUUCUGUAUGCAAUGUUCACGUUUACAGAAAUCAUGUUCCUAUCCUAAGGCUGGAGAGAAAGUUUUAAGAGUAUCUAAACGAUAUUUGGAGAUUCAUUCUGGUGAACCCCCUGCUCCAAUUCCUCCGAAACCUUUAACUAUUCAAGUUUAUCAAGGUCCAGCUGAUUUUCAUAAGAGAAAGGGUAAGAUACGAGCUCUUGCUAAAGCUGGAAAGGUCAAAAAGGAGAAAAAUAGCAAUGAAUUAUCUCAAUCACCAUCAAUAGGUUCGACUACUUCUACACUGGCAAUUGUGAAACCAUCAAAUCCAAUUGAACUCUCACAACCACCAUCUAUCAACACAUCUAAUUCAUCUACUGAUUUACUCCCAACUCCAUUCCAGAGCACCAAUUCAUUUGAUUCGGCUGGUAAUCAACCAUUCUUAAGUCCAACGAAUUCAUUUAUAAUGUAUAAUGAUGAGGAUUUAAAUUUGUUGGCAUCAGAUUUAAAUGAAAUCGUUAAUGAUAUGAUGUUUGGAUCUAAGUUUGAGGAUACUAAUAAUUCUAUUGUUGAUGAUUUCAGUCAUAUCUUUCGAAAACCUCUCAAUGGUUUAUCUCCUGAGAUUAGUCCUCCAAUGGCUACAGAUGAUGAACUUCCAAGACAUAUACCUUUGGAAAAGAUCCAAGUGAAAACUUUAGAUGAAAGAACUUACUUAGCUGAAUUCUAUAAUGAAUUUGCCCAACAAAUACUUCCAUUUGGUGCGUAUGAUGUACAACAGGGGUUUUAUUUUAAUCCUAUUCGAGAUGUUAUUCUUAGCUUUGCUUCAAAAGAACCUUAUAUAUUAGCUGCUGUGUUGGCACAAGGUGCUAUAACAGUAUACAGAAGGACUAAAUCACCCAAAGAUUUAGAAGCCAAUGGAUCGUACUUGUCCACAUGUUUGAAAUUUUUAGGUCCAGCCUUAAGUAGGAAUAGAGACAAAAAGGUCAAAGAUGAUUUAGUAUCAAACAUUGAACGUAUUUUAGUUACAGUUUUAUUAUUAACAUCUUCCAAUGCAGCUACUACAAAGCAAAGUUGGAGACCCCAUUUAAAAGGAGCAAAAGACAUUAUUUUAAAAGCCACUAGUGGUAAAAUCAGAUCAUCAAAGACAUUAAUCUUGUGUAAAUUAUGGUUUGCUGAUUUUGAAAUCUUAGCAGGAACAAGUUCUCAUUUGGGUGGUACUUUAAAAUCCGAUGAAGAACUUGACUUGGUUAUUAACUUUAAUAAUCCAUAUGAGUUAUCAGUACUAAGAGAAUUUGGGAUCUUCCAAGAUAAUGGAUUCAAUAUCAUGUUUGGUUACAGAAAUGAAAUGGCAUAUUUAUUCCGAGAUUUGCUAAAGAUAUUAAAUCAAAGAAGAAUUCUAGGGAAAGAUUUCAUCGCUAGCGAUUCGUCUGAUUAUCUUCGAUUACUAGCUGGUUUCUAUAAUGAGUAUAAUAUCAGAUUUGUAAGUCUGGCAGAUAAUAUUAGAGUGGAUGAUACCCUUAAUGGUAAUUUACCUGAUUUAAUAGAUAUUAUCCAUACAGAUGGUAAGGACAUGGCCAUCAGUUGGAUGGACAUUUCCCAAAAGUCAUAUGCAUUAGCUGGUAUAUUAACUAUAUUCACUACUUUAUUAAAGAAUCCAUUUGAUGCUCCACAUAUCCAAGAUUUGAAUAAUAAAUUGCUUUCAUUAAUUGGAUUCAUUGAAGAUUGUGAAAACUUCUCAGACCAAAUUUUAAAAUAUUCAUUACUGAUGAUUCAAUGGCCUAUGUCAGUAGCGGGAUUGAAUUGUAUUGAUGAAGAUCAAAGAAAUCUUUUACUCAAAUUCUUUACAACCUCUGCUGAAUUAGGCUCAGGUAGUGCGGUUGUGGCGCUAAAGAUGAUUAAAAAAUCUUGGAAUGCUAUAGACAGAGGUGAACAGUAUAAUGAAAGUACUGAUGAAAACCUUGAAGAUGUUGUUGCUUAUUAG